AAUAAAAUGGCGGCUAUUGAGAUUCCUCAACAAUCUGCAGUUGUACUCACGUAAACGUUGAUGUAGCAGUUCUACGCUGUGCAAAUAUAAAAUUUUAGUGCGUUAGGAGGGGUCCAGACCGACCGAAUUCGGCCCGAAAUCACGGAUAAAGGGCGAAAAUGUCUCAAACGGAAACAAUUCCAGUAGCAGACGCUACCACAAAGCAUACAACAAAAUCGCAACGACGAGAAUCUGAUUGCGGUAUCAAUGCCAGGAAAAAGUUGCGUAACCUAAAAAAUGGUAGGAAGCGAGCCAAAAGUUUUUGCUCCGGAGGCCCCUGUAAAAUCAACUACAUGAGACCUAUACUGCCAACUCGAUUUUUAUUAGGAGGCAACAUACGCGAUCCCCUCAAUUUAAAUAGCUUACAAGACGAGGAGAUAAAUCGAGCUGUUAACGCGGUCACGCCGAAAUCGUCGCCGAUACCGACACCGCCUAGAAAAAAAGCGCAAGUUGAGGUUAUAAUUCCGCCAAAUAUCAACGAUCCUCUUAAUUUGGUUUGUACGGAUAACGAAGAGUACGAGCAGCAGUUGUGCUCCCCCCUAAAGAAAUGUCGGAAGAAACGCGUAAGGAAGAAGAGGACCUCUUCAGGUACAUCGGAAGUGGCAGAUGCGGAUCAUAGCGGUUGCAUCGAAGCAAAAACACCCGAGACCAACACAGAUUCGGCAAAAAUUCCCGAAGACACUACCGUAACCGAUGGCGCCAAACCAAAGGAUCUCACACUGGAAUUAAAAAAGGAUAGAAAACGUAAAUCCGACGAACAUCACAAGGACGUCUUUAAGAAGUUCAAAUACCAUUCCGGCAUGGAUAAAAUUGUCAGCCCCGUCGUACCACAACCAGGGGGUUGGUUGAAACGUAGCAAUAGCAGGCGGGACCUUCACCACCGAGACAUCAGGCGAAUUCCCAACAAAAACGAGAAGAUGCCCGAAUUCAAAGAGAAACACAAGCAAUUUCAAUACGGAAAUUACAAUAGGUAUUACGGCUAUCGAAACCAGCACAGCGAGGUAGACCUCCGCCUGUUGUGCUUCAGCAAUCACAAAGAAAUGUUCGCGGACAAGGACAUUUUGGAUAUCGGCUGCAACAUCGGGCACAUUACUUUGUCGAUCGCGCGCGAUUACGGCGCGAAAAGUAUCGUCGGCGUGGAUAUCGAUAAAAAACUAAUCGAAAUCGCGCAUAAGAAUAUUAAACAUUACGUUAAGAGGUGCGAUACGCCGCCUCGUAAUGACGACGAGAACGAUAGAACUAAAAAUAGUGAGUUUUUUCCCAUUUCGAUGCCUAUUUUAUAUGGGCCCCUUGAAAUUCCAGGAUUUACUAAGGAAAGCGAUAGUCGACGCUUUCCCAAAAAUGUCACCUUUAAACACGGAAAUUACGUAUUGGACGACGACUCCCUAUUGAGCGUGGAACAGCCGCAGUUCGACAUCAUACUGUGUCUUAGCAUCACGAAGUGGAUACAUCUAAAUUGGGGCGACGCCGGUAUUAAGCAGGCCUUCCGGAGAAUGUACGCUCAAUUGCGACCGGGCGGCAAGCUAAUAUUGGAACCACAAAAUUGGGCCAGCUACAAGGGAAAGAAGAAGUUAACCGAGAAAAUUUAUAAAAAUUACAACAGCAUCCAGUUUUUUCCGGAGAACUUCACGCAGUACCUCCUUUCGAACGAUGUCGGCUUCGCGAAGAGCGAAAUUUUGGGCUUUCCGCAGCACCACGCGAGAGGCUUCCAGCGACCCGUACAGGUUUACACGAAGAGUCACGUGUUUUCUAGUGAACGUUCCGAAAACUCGAACUAUUCAGUGAACAGAGAUACUCCCGUUUAUUUAAGGCCGUACGCGGAACCGUUUGAUAGAAAAGAAAGUGUGAUAAUUAGUGAUGAAAUAAGUGAAACUACUUCCAAUUAAUUAUACUCUUUCGUUAACUUUUGUAUUUUUUUUAACGCCAUUGGGCUUGCACAUAGUUUUAUUUCCUUGCUUGUAGUAUAUGUAUAAAUAAAUUAUUUUAUUUCAUUUAUGUGAAAUGCUCUGUUUUAUAAACUGUUUGAUUAGAACAUAGCCUAAGUUUUGAUUUACAUUAAAUUCGUUAUUAUUAUUA